GGUGGCGGUAAAACGCAAUCCAAAUCUGUCAACAUCUCUAGUUCAUCAUUCUUAAAAUGCCCAACAUCUACACCACAUUUGAUAAAUGGUCGUUCUGAAGCAUCAUCAAGAUGGUACGAUAAUAGCAUUCUGUCGAUAACAAUUCAACAGUCGUCAACAAACUCAACUAUGAACCACUCAAAUAGUUUGUUGAAACCAAGACAGAAAACACCAGUGAAAAAUCGCAGCUUGAAAUAA